AAAUAGUGAAAACUUGUUUAAAACGAUUUGUGUUAGUCGAUCUUACGCAAUGAUGUAUCUUCUGUACAUCAACUGCAAAGUAGUUAAUGAUAAAAGUGUUUGCUCGGAAUAGGCUGUAUUAAAUGCCAGUCACUUUAAUAAGAAAGUCCAGAGGUCUUCGUUUCGGGAUACCACAUCAGAGUGAAGAAAUCAUAUGACGAUCAGUUGAGUGGAAAACUUGGUGAGCUUUAGGAUGUCGAAUUCAAAAACGUUUGAUAAAAAGGAUCAUGGAUUUCAAAAUUCAAAUGCUAAGGGGAGUAAUUUUGAAACGGCAGUUACUGCCUGUGGUUAUGGUAAAUUUCACUAUAUUUUGUAUUUGGUUAUGAUUCCCGCCACUUGGGCGUCGAUUUUUGAUACUUCGAAUACUUCAAUGAUUCUUCCUUCGGUGCAAUGCGAUUUGGGAUUGACGCCCCUUUACAAAGGCCUUCUCAAUGCUGCCGUUUAUUCAGGAAUGGUCUCCAGUGCUUUCUUAUGGGGCUUUUUAGGAGAUGUACUGGGUAGAAAAAAAAUUUUAAUAUACUGUUUAUUUGUCGAUGGUGUUCUCAAUUUUAUGACUGGAACGUCACAAACUUUUUGGGUUCUCGUAUUCUUCAAAUUCAUGUCUGGCUUCGUUGUUAGCGGACCUUAUGCAAGUCUAGUGACUUAUUGUUCUGAAUUUCACGCGUUGAAUGACAGGCCAAGACUUGUUUUAUUAAUCGGAAUGUUCAACAAUUCAGGAGCAAUUCUCAAUGCAGCAAUGGCCUGGCUGAUAAUACCACACAAAUGGUCUAUAAUUUUAUUUAAUGGAAAUUUUGUCUACAAUUCCUGGCGUUUAUACAUGUCAUUUUGUGGUCUACCAAUAAUUAUUGGAGCGGCGUGCUUUCUAUUCUUUCCCGAGAGUCCAAAAUUUCUCAUGAGUCAAGGUCGUAAUGAUGAAGCUCUACAGGUGUUUAGGAAGAUCUACGCGAUGAAUUCUGGUCAAUCACCAGACAGUUAUCCGAUUCGCGAGUUGGAGUCCGAAGUGGUUGAUACGACGGUAAAAAAUGGAGUGAAUAUCAUUUCAAUUGAGAGAGAUGGUGAAUUUUCGAAUUUAGAAUCCAACAAAUGUCAUAAGAGACCAUUCAAAAGUGUUUUAAUGCAUGGAAUGCGUCAGAUGAAACCAUUGUUUGUGGCGCCUUUAGGUUUUCGAUUGCUGUUGGUGGUUACUCUCAAUUUUGGAAUUCUUAUGACAUUAAAUACUAUUCGCUUAUGGCAACCGCAGAUUUUUACAAUAUUGACGUAUUUUGAUAAUUUACCAAAUAAAGGACCAGAAGAAUUGUCUUUUUGUGAAAUUCUUGACAAUUCAAAGUCUGUUAUGGCCAAUCAGACAAUUGUUAGUAUAGAAGGAUCUGAACAUUGCAAAGAAAUUCCUGUUGAUUCUUCCGUUUACUAUUUUGCCAUGAUUGUUUCUAGUGUGACUACUAGUUUUGUAUUUUUGGCUGCCUUAUUAGUGAGUGUUCUUCGGAAUAAAAUACUUUUGCUUAUUUCACUUUUCAUCUCGUUUAUUUCGAUUGUAACAAUGCAGUGGUCUCCGAAUACACUGAUAACUCUUAUUAUCACCUGUAUUUAUUCUGGAGUUCAAAGUGCUUGUGUCAAUUUAAGUAUCAGUAUUACUGUCGAUUUAUUUCCGACAACAUUGAGAACAAUGGCUGUGAGUUUGAUCAUGAUGACUGGACGCAUAGGCGCUCUCUUAGGGAACAUCAUGUUUCCUGUUUUGCUCGAGUACGGCUGUUUCGUCCCAAUCAUCGCCCUGGCUUUUUUCAUUUUACUUUGCAUCGUGCUGACCUUUUUCAUCCCGAAACCCAAUAAGAACUUGAAGUAACUUAUCCAUAGAAUAUAAUAUAUUACGAAUCACCAAAGGAUCAUUAUUACAUCCUUUUUUUCUUAUGUAUCUCUCUUUCUACAAGUGGAUUCAUCUGCGGUAACAUCGCAAACUCUUAGUCGUGUUACUUGAUAGAUAGCAAUUAUCACCCACACCGAAAGGGAAUAUAUCUUCUUUUAAGCAAGGGAGGAUGAGAUGCUGGGUUUAAAUUGAGAUCGAGUUGGGAUAUAAACAGGAAGUUGGAUUCACAAUGGUUUUUUAUUUCAACAAUGGUCAAAUGUCAAUUGUCAACAAUUGUCAAUGUCAAUCCUUUUCCCGUGUUUGAUGACAGUAAGAGACUGAUCAAUAUUGAUACUAGCAAUGGCAAUAUUGAAAAUUCGAUGGGAAGUUGUUGGAGAAUAAAAAUGAGAAAAAAAGAGAAAAAAAGAGGAAAGAAAGAAAUGGACAAUGGCUACUAUGAAGCGCUAAGUCAGAGCCUUGAGUUUCACUUUCGACAUCUCCUGCAGCCUUCACCCACAUGCUCGUAAGAUCUCGACACGUUCCGCGAGCACGUCGAUCUAAAGAUUAUUAUUCAGUGGGUUCGAUUAGGAAAAGUUUUAUUUUAGGCAAAUUUUUCUUUCCAAACUCGCUCCAGAAUUGUGUACGUUGAAUUUUUUUGUAGAUCAAGAUAUGUGUGUUUAGGUACUUUUACUUUUCCUAAUUUAUAUGAAUUCAGUAUUUCCACUAUUCGGUCUGAUACGAAAUGUGUAAUAUUCUAAUGUUACACAAUUUAAUGUAUAAUUAGAUAUAAACUAGAUUUUUUUGUUUCGUUUCCGCUGGAUCUGCAUUUAGUCUUUAACCAAUUUUUUUACCCUCUUGUUAAUGUUGUUUUCAUCGUCGGCAACUGUUAACUUAAGAACUUUAAUAGCAGUACUUACAUUUUAGAUAAUUUUUAUGACAAUUUAUGAAUUUAUCAAUUUUAUGAAGUAGGGAAAAGAAUUAAAUGACAAUAUAAAUAAUGAUUGCUUUUUGUAAAUAGUGAUGAUAGAAGUUUAAGGGAAUACAAUGGGAGAUUUUUACUCUUUCAUAAUUUGUACUUUAAGAAAUGACUAUCCUACAGUAUGGGAUUAAUAACGAAGAAGAAACUUUAAAAAAUUCAAAUUACUUGUAUACAUCGAAAACUUGAAGAGGAAAAAGAAAAAAAAGAUACAUUGUUUAAAUUUAAUUCGGCUAAAAUAAUAAUCUAUGUUAGUCCAAAUAUUGACAUAAUUUAAGAUUUCAAAACUAGUUCUAAGAGCUAAAUUGACUUACUUUAGUUUUAAGUGCAAAAAUAGGCUGUUUUUAAGAGAACAUGUGUGCUAAUGCUGUAAGUUCUUUAGGAUAUUUUCUUCCAGUGAAUAAAUGUUUUUACACUCUA